AUGAUCUCAAAAACAUUGCCAGAAGUGGACCAUUUUGUCCCCGUCGAGCCCACGAAAGAGAAGCUCGACUAUGCCGACCUGGAUAUUUUGGACUUUUCUCUUUACAAUGACACUUCUGCGGCCAAAAAUGCGCUCGCGGAACAGGUUCACCAGGCUAUGACCUCGCACGGUUUCUUCGUGAUCAUCAACCACGGCAUCAGUGAAGAAAAUAUAGAGCGUAUGGUCGAUAUCGGCCACACCAUCUUGUCACGUACACCCCAAGAGGAAAAGGAAAGGCUGAAGGCUGAUCUGAAGGGAAAAGGGGAGUAUCCUGGGUUCAAACCCCGUGGAGAGUGGAAGACACUGGGCGGCACCCCAGACCGGAUCGAGCAAUUCAACGUGGUCAGAGACAUGACGACUCACGAGCAACCGAAGGCUUUCGAGCCAUAUCGUGAAGAGGUACAGGAAUUCAUCGCCACUGUCCACAAAGACAUCCUGGGCAAGAUCCUGAGACUGUUUGCCAUCUCUCUCGAGAUCAGAGACGAGGAAUUCUUCGUCAAAGCGCACAGCUACGACAAGCACGACGAAUCCUGGUUCCGCUGGAUGGAGUACUACGACCUUCCCGCCCAGGGAGGCGCGGACGGGAAACAGUUGUGGCUGAGCGGCCACCAGGACUUGACUUCCCUCUCGCUGCUCUUCAGCCAACCCAUGGCGACCCUGCAAGUCCGGGACUACCAUGACGAAGCACAGUGGAAGUUCGUUCCCCAUAUCCCUGGAGCGAUCAUUGUCAAUGCGGGCGAACCGAUGAUGUGGUGGACGGGCAACUACUACAAAGCCGCGGUUCAUCGGGUCGUCGAACCACCAGCCGAUCAGAGGAACCAUGAUCGCAGUAGCGUCUUCUACUUCGUCGUGCCGAAUGACGAGGUGGUCAUCAACACGCUUCUCGAAGAGAGCCUUCUCUUACGACGGCAUGGAGUGAAGAAGUGGUUCAAGGACGCCGAUGCCCCGACGAGCAGUGAAUGGGUGCACAAUCGCAUCAAGGCGAAUCUGCAAAAACAUGUCGCGGCGAAUGCUGGCGAAGGGAAAACAAGUGUCCAAAAGAUCGGGACGGUCACUACGACAUGGUUCAAGUGA